GAGCGAAGAAGGGAGAGAGCGGCGAGAGAGAAGAGAGAGAGAGAAGAGAGUGAGUUUGACUUCAACGCGACAUCCCGGCUGCAUGGUGGCAUGUCUAUUGAAAGAGAGAGGAGAGAGAGAGAGAGAGAGAGAGAGAGAGAGAGAGAGAAGAGAGAGAAGAAGAGAGAGAAGAGGAGAGAGAGGAAGAGAGAGAGAGAG